AUGUCUGACAACAUCUUGGAUGCAAAACUUGCCGCUGACCAGUUCCAGUCUGGCACAAAGCCCAAGGCCAUGGACGAGAAAGGUUCCGUUGGCAAGCACUUCACCACUGAAGGCGCUAUUGGUGGAACUGCACAGAAGAUUGGUGGUCCGUUAGAUGAACAGGGGGCGAUUGGGAAGCAGUUCACGACUGGCGGGAGUAUUGGAGGAACUGUCCAAGACAAAAUGGGUGGACAGAAGCCAACUUAA